AUGAGCGACGUUAACGGUGAAACUUACUCCGAUUCCAGUGCCUACUUGCGCCUGAACAGCCGAUAUGAUGCCAACGCGGAACAGGAAGUUGUUCAAUGGAUAAGCCAGAUUGUUGGCGAAACCGUUCCUCUCGGACGCGAGAAUGUUCAACGCAGCCUCAAGGAUGGAAAAAUUCUCGUGAGACUCAUUGAUGCAGUCUACGAACGCACGUCACAUCUGCCACCAGCAGCUCAAAGUGUGCGUCGUCCGCUGAAGCCAAACACCAUGAGUGCCCCAUUCAAACAGAUGGAAAAUAUCCAAAUUUUCUUGGAUGCUGCAGAAGCCUAUGGAGUACCGAAAACGAGUCUCUUCCAAACUGUGGAUCUCUACGAGUCCAGGAAUAUGUCGCAGGUCAUCAAUACUCUCAUGCAAUUGGGCACGGAGUGUCAGAGAAACGGUUUCCAAGGUCCAACAUGCGGACCAAGGCCGACCAAUAAACAGUAUCGUCAGUGGACGGAACAGCAGCUGCGUGCCAGUGAAGGGAUGGUCUGCCUGCAGUCGGGAACAAACAAGUUUGCCUCACAGAAGGGCAUGACCUUUGGUGGAGUUCGUCAUGCUGCCGACAUUAAGGCCGAUGACAUUAGUCUUGAAAGUCAAGGCAUUUGUAGCCUCCAAAUGGGAACCAACAAGUUUGCUUCACAGAAGGGUAUGUCGUUCGGUUCAGUGCGUCACGUGGCUGACAUCCGUUGUGAUAAUGUUACUAAGGAAGGCCAGGGUGUCAUCACUCUUCAGAUGGGCACCAACCAAUGCGCGUCUCAAAAGGGCAUGUCGAUGGGUGGGGUGCGCCACGGUGCGGACAUCCGAUGUGACAACAUGUCCCGCGAGGGUCAAUCGACUAUCACUCUGCAGUAUGGCACUAACAAAUUUGCCACCCAAUCAGGCAUGACUUCGAUCGGUGCAGUUCGUCACAUCGCCGAUAUUCGUGUCGGCGCCAUGUCCGCUGAAGGCGCCUCGCAUUUAGGUCUGCAGAUGGGCCCAGGCGCGAAACAAGUCGCUACUCAGUCUGGCAUGACCUCGUUCGGCGCUAUCCGUCACAUCAACGACUCGCAUUAA